AUGUCCUCACGGCCGUUGAAUCAAGGACAAGUUCAAAACCGCAUCCAAUCGCCCGAGAAUCGGUACCGUGCACUGAUGACACUCGAGAAUGUACCACAUGUGGUUGGUAUGACAUAUAUCACACUGGAAGGCGCGUCGGCCUCCGUUGUAUCGGCGCCAGAAACCUCCGAGAUACAAGCAAUCGCUCAUCUGUCAUUGGAUGUUUCGUGUAUGCUGGACCCGCUGCUCCGAGUCACUGAAACCCAACAGCUGAGCCACGCAGCCAAAAUGCCAUCAACACGCGGCCGAAUAUGUGCCGGCGGAAUCCCAUCGAAGGUCCUAAGUCAUGGUUCCGACUCGAAUAUUGUCGAAGGUGUGGUGAGCCGGUCUUCCACGUUGUCCGAGACGGGCUUGGCCGGCUCUAGUCCGGACGCUGUGCUUCAUGCGAUGGCUUUGAACUACCAGUCCACAGCACUAUUAGUCCACGCGGGGCCGUAA